UCAGUAUUCAAUAUGUUGGACGAGCGGUCGGAACUCGAGACCUUGCGGGAGAUUUAUUACCUAACUGAUGGUGCGUCGGGCAACUGGCGCAAGUUGCUCGCCCUGGGCGACUGCCUGGACCAGCAGCUGAAGCGCAAGCUGCUCUGGGUGUGGCCCACAUCAGUAGAUUUAGAUUACUUCAACCAGCUCCUGGACAUUCACAAAAUUCAGAGUAUUUUGAGCAUAGGCUGCGGCAGCGGGCUGUUGGAAUGGCUGAUGACCGCAGCUGGUGGCCGGAAAAUCUCUGUGUUUGGCCUAGAAGUCGAUCGCAACUGGUGGCAGAGUAAAUACUCCGUUCGGAGUUUCAUACCGCUCAACUAUGUGGACGAGGCCAGUCAACUGGAAACGGAUUUACUGAGCAGCUGCUGUAAUAACAUCUCUCCUUGUGCCUUGCUCUUCUGCUAUUUCAACAAUCGGCGGGCGUUCCAGGACUAUCUUAGAGUGUUUCAGGGAAAGUGGCUUAUAUUGAUUGGACCCUUGCCCGCUCUGGGUAUCCACACAGAUCCCAAUCCCGUCCAGCCGCAACUGCCCGCCGACCAAUGGACCCUCCGUGAACGCCUCAACUGGGCUGACUGCAACGUUGUGGCGUUCUAUGAGAAGAUAGCUUAGUCUAGUCUGUAGUAACUAUAUAAUUGUAGUAAUAAACCAUUGCGUUAAGACCUAA